AUGACGCUGACGGGAGCUGUGCCUCCUGAAUUUGGGGAUUGCCCUCCCUGCGUGAAUGGAGAAGGGAAGGGGAAGUUCAGUUUCUCUUUUCGAGAACACCUCUUUAAUUUGAAGUUUGCUGCAAAGGAACUCAACAGGAACUCAAAAAAAUGCGACAAAGAAGAAAAGGCUGAGAAAGCUAAAAUUAAGAAGGCAAUUCAGAAGGGUAACAUGGAAGUCGCGCGAAUACACGCGGAAAAUGCAAUCCGCCAGAAGAACCAAGCCAUCAAUUUCUUGCGCAUGAGUGCCAGGGUAGAUGCUGUAGCAGCAAGAGUUCAGACUGCAGUGACAAUGGGCAAGGUAACGAAGUCGAUGGCAGGGGUAGUUAAGUCUAUGGAUGCCACACUGAAGAGCAUGAACUUGGAAAAGAUAUCUGCACUAAUGGACAAAUUUGAGCAUCAGUUUGAAACACUAGAUGUUCAGACACAACAGAUGGAGGACACAAUGAGCAACACUACUACCCUAACAACACCACAAAACCAAGUGGAUAUGCUUCUACAGGAAAUGGCAGAUGAAGCAGGUCUUGAUCUGAACAUGGAACUACCUCAAGGACAGACAGGUUCUGUUGGUACAAGCGUUGCCUCAGCAGAACAGGAUGAGCUGUCACAGAGACUGGCCCGCCUACGUGAUCAAGUUUAAGCUGCAGUUCUUUGUACAUUCUUUCAAAAUACCCUUUCUCUAACUAACCCUUCACUACACUAGAAAACUGUCUACAGUAUGGCUUAGGUGUUUGAUCUUUGUAAUAUAGGGUACUUCACUCCUAGCUUGCUACUCUUUCUAAAAUACAUUAAGUAACCCAAAAAUAUCAGCUCUCUAAUGUCCGUUUCUGUACAUUUUGAAGUUGAUAUAUUUUUUGCAAGCUUUUUUCACAAAAACAAGUUGCUAUUCUAAGUCAGCUAGUAAUGUUGGUACAUUCUAGCUAAAAGAAAACCAGAGUGUCGUUGAUAUAUAUUUUAAAUUAUGAAGUGAUUUUUUUUAAAUUAUGAGAACUGUUUGUGGUUGGAGAACUGAUGUAUUCGGUUCAGCUGAUUGUUGUAGAUAACUUUCCUACACAGCCAAACUCCUGGAGCAUGCAGAAGUGGACACCAUGGACUUCAUGGAAAAUAGGCUUGUUAAUACAAAUAAGUGGACUUCAGUCUUGAGCUUUUUAGUCUUUUAAAGCUAGGGUAAUUGUGCUGAAAUUAGUGGUUUAGUUCAAAAAUGAGUUACCAAAAGCUGUUUUCAUAUAAUUGGGAUCUUGUACAGUGUCAUCACUUCAGUACAGGGGGAAUAAAAUCUAUUUUUCAACU